AAAGAAAAAAGAAAGAGAAGCUCCAUGCGCUUAUCCUAGUGUAGUUCACAUUCCUCAACUCGUUUUGUUGACAUUUUUCUUAAGCAGAAGAUCGACGAAGAGGUAAAAGGAGAGAUGGGUCUUGGAUUUUCUUCAUCAUGGAGCCUCAGCUUCUGUGUUCUGCUUGUUUUAAUGUCUGCAGAAGCCAGCAAAGGGGAAUACAGUCUGCAGGAGCAUGAAGAUGGAGGUGAAGAAGCCAUGGCUAGAAAGCAUAUCCAUACUCAUAUGGACAUGUCCAUGCGUAUAUUCUUCACAAUAACUGAACUGAAGGUUGGGAAAAGGAUACCUGUUUACUUCUCCAAGAGAGACCCUGCUACCUCUCCUCAUCUGCUGCCUAGAGAAGAAGUUGAGUCCAUCCCCUUCUCAUCAGCCCAACUCCCAUACCUUCUUCAGUUCUUCGGAUUUUCUCAAGGUUCUCCACAGGCCAUAGCCAUGGAGAACACACUCAGACACUGUGAGACUGAGCCCAUUGAAGGAGAGACCAAGUCAUGCGUGACAUCCUUAGAAUCCAUGCUUGAUUUUUCCCAGAAAAUAUUCGGAUUGAAGGCCAGUUUUGAAGUUAUAAGCACUAAGCUUGGAGAGAAGACAACCAGUCUCCUGCAAAACUAUACCAUCCUGAAAUUGCCCAAGCCCAUCUCGGCUCCCAAAAUGGUGGCCUGCCAUACCUUGCCCUACCCUUAUGCAGUUUUCUACUGUCACUUCCAAGAGGGUGAGAACAAGGUGUUUGAGGUUUCACUUGGGGGGGAGAAUGGAGAUAGAGUGGAAGCUGUUGCUGUUUGCCACAUGGAUACCUCUCAGUGGAACCAAGAUCAUGUGUCGUUUCGCUUGCUGGGAGUCCAACCAGGAGCCUCUCCGGUGUGCCAUUUCUUCCCAGCAGAUAACCUCAUUUGGGUUCCUUCACCAGCCUUAAUUCAGGACUAAUAAUUUGAUUUGUGAUAGUGAUUGUAUGCUUCUUUAUAUUGGUCAUGUCCCACACCCUUGAACUAAGUAAUUGAAUCAUAUUUUACAUGUUUGUGUUGC